AAGGAGAGAAAGAGAAAGAGAGAGAAAAAGAGAGAAAGAAAGAGAAAGAAAGAGAAAAAAAAAGAGAGAGAGAAAGAAAAAGAGAGAGAGAGAAAGAGAGAAAAAAAGAAAAGAAAAAAAAGAAAAAGAGGAAAAAGAAAAGGAAGAGAGAGAAAAGGAAAAAAAGAAGAGAAAAAAAAAGAAAAAGAGAGAAAAAAAAAGAGAGAAAGAAAGAGAAAGAGAAAGAGAAAGAAAGAAAAAGAGAGAAAGGAGGAGAGAAAGAGAGAGAAAGAAAGAAAAAAAAAAAAGAGAGAAAGAAAAAAAAGAGAAAAAGAGAGAGAAAAAGACAGAAACAAAAAGAGAGAGAGAAAUAAAAAAACAGAGACAGAGACAAAAACAAAAAGAGAGAGAAAAAUAG